UAUCGGUUGUGUCAAAAUUAUGUUUUGAUUUCAAAAAGUGAUAAAAAAACGAAUUAACUCGAAGAUAAAAGGUUAAAACGUUGUAAAACUAAUCAAUACAUACUAUCAGCAUAUUUUUAUCAAUGAAUCCGUUUCCUUGACCGGUUAAUUGUUACUUGGAAGAUAAAGUCUGAAGAACCGGAUCUUCAUCAUGGAUUUGGUGCAAUAUAUAAACCCAUUUAUAGUGUUUCGGCAGUUUAUUCGUCACCCCAUUGAAUCCUUCUUAAGUGACCAGUACACGGGCUACAAGAGAAAGACCAACGAAGGCAUUACUAGCAUAAAAGAACUUUUAUAUAGAGUCGGUGUUAUAACGGUGUUUUUAUCAGCUAUUUUGUGGAUCUCAAUAUUUAUGUACAUCAUAUUCUACUACACUUACAUGCCGAACGUAACCCACACAAGGCCAGUUCAUCUGCAGUUUAAAUCAUGCGACCAAGACAUGGGUAUAUGCUCAUAUCCAUCAGCUCAUGUCCAGCUUACUCGGCGCAGCAGCAUGCUGAUGCCAUCACAGCCGUAUCGGAUACGACUGGCCUUGGAAAUGCCAGAGUCACCUGUUAAUAAGGAUCUAGGUAUGUUUAUGAUAUGUGCGGAGAUGCGAGCUUCCGGCGGAGCCCUGGUUCGGUCAUCCUGCCGAUCUGCCAUGCUUAAACACAGGUCGCUAUUGCACUAUGUAAUGAGGACUCUAGUGUACGCACCGCUGCUUGUGACGGGGUUCAAUGAGGAAAAACAGAAUCUUAUUGUUGAGCUGUUCACCGAUUUUGAAGAUGAUGAGAACCAACCCGUAACAGACGCCUACGUGGAGCUCCAAUCACGGUUUGCACAGGUGCACUCCUGUGAGCUUCAGAUACAAGCACAUUUCACCGGUCUCCGAUACAUCAUGUACUACUGGCCUAAGACAUCUGCUGUUGUUGGAAUAAGUUCCAACUUAUUCUUCGUGUCGCUGAUCUUUAUAUUGAGCUGGUAUCACCUGCAAGAUGGAUUUCCGGAUUUCCUCAAGGAAAAAUUGGGAAUAUCCAUAAAAAAAGAAGAGGAAGAAGGAAAGUUUACAGGGAAGAUAAAAUUGGAAAGAGAAGAUUCUUUUCCGUUUAUAGAAGAAGAAGCGUUAAUGGAAGAAUUCGACAAGUUGGAAAAAGAGAAGAAGAAAGCUACCUCAAAAGAAUGAAAAGAUUUUAUAAAAAUACAAAUCUAAAUAAUAAUAAUAAUUAAUUUUAAAUAAUCAGGGACUAUACUAGUAUGAGC